UGAUGAAUGGGGGCUGUCCUGCCCCGGGGAGGAGGGCUGCUUCCCCUCUGGCAUGCCUGCAGCCUUAUUUAUUACACACCAAAGUAUAAAACCUCCCAGCCGGCUGCGGCUCGCAUCUCCAGCCCUGGCAUUUACCGCGACGCCCCGCUGUCGUCUCCAGGAGGCUCUGGGGCUCUGUUGAGAAUCAUGCUCGGGAGGCAGCUCGUCUCCUGGCACCUGCUGGCUUUGCUUUUCCUCCCAUUUUGCCUCUGUCAAGAUGAGUACAUGGAGGUGAGCGGAAGACCUAAUAAAGUAGUGGCGAGAAUAGUGCAAAGCCACCAGCAGACUGGCCGUAGCGGCUCCAGGAGGGAGAAAGUGAGAGAGCGGAGCCAUCCUAAAACGGGGACUGUGGAUAAUAACACUUCUACAGACCUAAAAUCCCUGAGACCAGAUGAGCUACCGCACCCCGAGGUAGAUGACCUAGCCCAGAUCACCCCAUUCUGGGGCCAGUCUCCACAAACCGGAGGGCUGCCCCCAGACUGCAGCAAGUGUUGCCAUGGAGAGUACAGUUUCCGAGGCUACCAAGGCCCCCCGGGGCCCCCUGGACCCCCUGGCAUCCCAGGAAACCACGGGAACAAUGGCAAUAAUGGAGCCACUGGCCAUGAAGGGGCCAAAGGUGAGAAAGGAGACAAAGGUGACCUUGGGCCACGAGGUGAAAGAGGGCAGCAUGGCCCCAAGGGAGAAAAGGGCUACCCGGGGAUUCCUCCAGAACUGCAGAUUGCAUUCAUGGCUUCUCUGGCGACCCACUUCAGCAACCAGAAUAGCGGGAUCAUCUUCAGCAGCGUGGAGACCAACAUCGGAAACUUCUUUGAUGUCAUGACUGGUAGAUUUGGGGCCCCGGUAUCAGGUGUGUAUUUCUUCACCUUCAGCAUGAUGAAGCACGAGGAUGUUGAAGAAGUGUAUGUGUACCUCAUGCACAAUGGCAAUACAGUGUUCAGCAUGUACAGCUAUGAAACAAAGGGGAAGUCAGAUACAUCCAGCAACCAUGCAGUACUGAAGCUGGCUAAAGGGGAUGAGGUUUGGCUGAGAAUGGGCAAUGGCGCUCUUCAUGGGGACCACCAGCGCUUCUCUACCUUUGCAGGCUUCCUCCUCUUUGAAACCAAGUGAAUAUAUGACUAGACCAGCUCUACUUUUGGGAAGACUUAUGGCUGAGCUGGUAUUGUUGUAGUCUAAGGGAUAUUAGGGUUAAGGGUUCUACUCGGGAGCUCAGAAGAAGAAUCCACAAAACAGUCUUCUCAAGUGACCUUGACUAAUAUACUUGGCAUAUUUACUCUUCCCCAGGCACCUAAAGAAGAAUUCCUUCUUGAUACAGGUUGGAAAUAAUUGUUCCAUCAAAGAAGUCCUUUGCAAAGAAUUUGGCUGCUCUGUUUUUAAUUUAAUAGCAACUUCCAGGAAUUCCUGAGGUUUGGGGUUCAUCAUUCUUUAUAACAUUUCAGAGACAAGGGUGCAGUGACUAGGGUGGGGCCGAGCAGGGCAGAAAAAAGGCACUUGCGAGGACCAGGUUACCAGAAACAUUUAUGAAGCCUAGACUGGGAAGUAACACUUUGAUCCAGUGGGUCAAUAUUUAUGAAUAAAUAUAGAUAAUUUUAGUAAUUCCAGAUAGCUUUUAGAUAAAGAAAGUAUUCACAAUGCCCAUAAAUAAUGGACUCCUUUUUUUAAAAUAAGAACACUGCUGUAAUUAAAUCUUGACUUGUAAUGGCUUAUGUUUUUAGAUAUGGAAUUUUCUCAUGAUCCAAAAUUGGGUUUAUCAGAUAUGAUUUAUCAUAUUGGUUUUUUCCCAUUGGGUUUCUUGUGUUACAAUAGAUCUUUGUUGACCCUGGCCUGGAGAACCAGCUGAGGUGAGCUUAUGUCCAUAUACACAGUAUACACAAUGUCCUUAUUCUCUUACUCUCUCUCAAUUUAGAAGUUACCCCAAUAAACUUCACUGACAUGUCAUUUGAGGAUAAUGGAUAAAAAAUAUAAGGGCAUUCCAUUUAGAAGACACAAAAUAAAAUCUCUUAAUGUUUUUAAAGAUAAAAAUUGAUAUGACUUUUUUGAUCACCAUAUUUAGGCAAUACUUACAAUGGAGCUGUGCUCCUUUACUUUUGCCUGUCCUUCCCCAAAAAGGGACAAGUUCAGGAGAUAGUACCCAAAAUUUGUUUAUUUUAAGUGAGGAAAGUAUCAUUGGAAUAUGUGUUUAUCCUGAUGUUGAAUCAUAUUUAAAAUGCACUAGAGAGAUACCUAUCUGAAACAUAUCAUUUAAUGAAUUCCCUUAGAAAGCAAUUAUCCAUUAUUUUAUUUUCUGUUACAAUUUCAAUUUCCACAAAGGCUUUUAAACUAUGGGUUUAAUUGUAUUGAUUACCCCCUAUAGCUAGAAGCAGAAGAAAUUAAUUAGGGCUACCCUAUUAGCUAACUUAGUAUGCUCCAUGUUCAGUUCUGUCUUUGACCCAUUCUUUUGAUCUAUAAAUAUUUUUAAACUCUUCCUGACCAACACAAACAAUGCUAUUUUAAAGUGAAUGGAUAUUAGCCAAAAUGUGCUUGACUGGUUGGUAAUGCUUUUGUGAUUUUGUAUAUGUCUCCGGUUGCUUCUGGGGCUGUGUGGUCAUGGGUGUUGAGGUUUACUAUUUCCAAACAUCAUAAAUACCUUGUAUUGCCAGUAGACAAUUGAAUGUUGCAUGUUGCCCAAAGGGAUUCCAUGUUUAAAGAACACACAUUAUUAAUAAAGUACCUUAGAAGAAGAUAUUGGCUUAGCUUUAGAUAAAACUGAGACAAGAAAAAUGUAAAAGCAUCGUAUGGAAAUAAACAUACUUUUGUUAAAUGUA